AUGUCAAUCCUGUUCACAAUCGUCAACACAGCUCAGAAGAUCCUUCUCAUGUCCAUAUGGAAGAAAAACGAUAUAUACCUCGCCCUCGACAAACCUCUGGAAAUCCUCAUGUCCACCCAUUCAAUAGGUGGGUCAGGGAGUGCGGAAAGAUCAGAACCUUCCGCUUCGUCCACUUUGGUACAGGAUGAUCCUACACAUUUACAGAAUUCCUUUGAUUUCGAUGACUCUAAACGUGGUGUUCACGUCGCUUAUGGAGCACACGAGGAUGACAGAGGAUGUGGAAGGAUCAAAGUGCGAGAAAGGCAAAGGGUAAAUGCGGCGGGGGUAGUGGGAGCUCCAAGAGGGAGCUCAGAGGAUUACAUCUCACCUAGAAUGUCGAUACGGACUAUAGGCUCAGUAGGGAAGGGAGGAUCACCAGGGAGGAGAUUGAGGAAAGUGAGAAUGGUAGAAGGUGAUUGGGAUUGGUUAAGGGAUGGAGAUUGGGGUGAUCCAAGUCCUCUUGAUCAAGCUGUGAGAUGA